AUGAAGGGAGGGCGAGCGAAGGAGCUCACCUCGCGGCGCUCCUCGUGUUCCGUCCACGAGCUGUCUUACGCGGUGGCGUGCACACCGAUUGCCGUGCCCGUUAGUUCUUCAGCCCGUGGAGCCAUGGGUGUUUCUGAGGCGGAGCGAGCGGGGGCCUGUGCGAGCCUCGUCUGGCCCCAGAGCGGGAGCCCGGCCGGCGGACGCCGAAGCGCCACCGUCCGGCCCUGGCGUGACGAGGAACGCGGCAGGAGAACCCCUGUCUGGGUUAAAACCUUCACAGGUCUGUCUGUGUGUGUGUGUGUGUGUGUGUGUGCGCGUCUAACUCGUGAUUGUGCUUUUGUCACACCGCAGGUGAACUCGAGCGACGCAGCUGCACCGAGUUCGCAGGUGCGGGAAAUAGCGUUUCCAUGGCGCAGCGUGGUCGUCAGGGGCGACGGAUCUCUGAGGCGCAUGAAGAGAGACUGGGUCAUCCCUCCCAUAAACGUCCCUGAAAACUCUCGAGGACAGUUCCCUGAGGAGCUAGUCAGGAUCCGGUCGGACCGGGACAAGGAGCGCCUGCUCCGGUACAGCGUCACGGGGCCCGGCGCCGACCAGCCGCCCACCGGCAUCUUCAUCAUCAACCCCAUCUCCGGCCAGCUGUCCGUCACCAAGCCGCUCGACCGCGAGCACAUCUCCAACUUCCACCUCCGAGCGCACGCCGUGGACCUGAACGGCAACCAGGUGGAGAACCCCAUCGACAUCGUCAUCAACGUCAUCGACAUGAACGACAACCGGCCCGAGUUCACCCACUCCACCUACAACGGCUCGGUGCCCGAGGGCUCCAAGCCCGGCUCCUUCGUCAUGACCGUUACGUCGGUAGACAAGGACGACCCCAAGACGGCCAACGGGAUGCUGCGCUACCGGAUUCUCUCCCAGAAUCCCGAGAGCCCCUCCUCCAACAUGUUCACCAUCAACAACAAGACCGGCGACAUCAUCACUGUGGCCGCGGGUCUGGACCGAGAGAAAGUUCCGCGGUACACGCUGAUCAUCCAGGCCACAGACAUGGAGGGCAACCCCACCUACGGCCUCUCCAACACGGCCACCGCUGUCAUCCGGAUCACAGACGUCAACGACAACCCUCCAGAGUUCACCACCGACACAUUCUACGGGGACGUCAAGGAGAACCGCGUGAACGUGAUCGUGACCAACCUGACGGUGACCGACAAGGACCAGCCCCACACGGCCGCCUGGAACACGGUGUACCGCAUCACCUCCGGAGACCCCACCGGAAGGUUCUCCAUCCCCACCGACCCCACCACCAACGAGGGCCUGGUCACUGUGGUCAAGCCCAUAGACUACGAGCUGACCCGUUCCUUCGUGUUGACGGUGAUGGCGGAGAACGAGAUCCCCCUGGCGCGCGGCAUCCACCUGCCCCGCCAGUCCACCGCCAGCGUGUCGGUGCGCGUGGUCGACGUCAACGAGCCCCCCGAGUUCUCCCCCAACCCCAAGGUCAUCAAGCUGGACGAGGGCCUGCCCUCCGGCUCCCUGCUCUCCACCUUCACCGCCCAGGACCCCGACCGCUACAUGAGACAGAACGUGCGGUACUCCAAGCUGCACGACCCUGCCAAUUGGCUGGAAAUCGAUCCUGUGAACGGGCGCAUCUCCACCAUCGCCGUGCUGGACAGAGAGUCGCAGUACGUGAAGCACAAUCUCUACAACGUCACCUUCAUGGCUACAGACAACGGCCUGCCCUCUGCCAGCGGCACGGGGACUCUGCAGAUGUACCUGCUGGACAUCAACGACAACGCCCCGCGAGUCUUCCCCCCCGAGGUGGAGAUGUGCGAGAAGCCCGAGCCCAACGCCAUCAACAUCACGGCCAGCGACCCCGACCUGAGCCCCAACGCCGGGCCCUUUGCCUUCGAGCUGGCCAGCCGGCCCUCGGACAUCCGCAAGAACUGGACGCUCACGCGCAUCAACGGGGAGUACGCCCAGGUGCGCCUGCGAAUCGGCUUCCUGGAGAGCGGCAUCUACGAGGUGCCCAUCAUCAUCACCGACUCGGGCAACCUGCCCAUGUCCAACACCUCCUACCUGAGGGUCAAGGUGUGCCCGUGCGAUCACCACGGCGACUGCGUGGACAUGGAGCGCAUCAUCGCCGCCGGGCUCGGCACGGGGGCCAUCAUCGCCAUCCUCCUCUGCAUCAUCAUCCUCCUAGUGAUGGUCCUGUUCUUUGUGAUGUGGAUGAAGAGGCGGGACAAGGAGAGGCAAGCCAAGCAGCUUCUGAUCGACCCCGAGGACGACGUCCGAGAUAACAUCCUGAAAUACGACGAGGAGGGUGGCGGAGAGGAGGACCAGGACUACGACCUGAGUCAGCUCCAGCAGCCUGACUCCCUGGAGCCAGAGUGUGUGAAGGUUGGCAUCCGGCGUCUGGAUGAGAGACCCCUGCACCACGACCACCAGUACCCCAUACGCUCCGGCGCCCCCCACCCCGGAGACAUCGGCGACUUCAUCCACGAGGGGCUGAAGGCGGCUGAUAACGACCCAACGGCGCCCCCCUACGACUCCCUGCUGGUGUUCGACUACGAGGGCAGCGGCUCCACGGCCGGCUCCCUCAGCUCCCUGCACUCCUCCUCCAGCGGGGGCGAUCAGGAUUACGACUACCUCAGCGACUGGGGCCCCCGCUUCCGCAAGCUGGCCGACCUCUACGGGGGGGACGGCCAGGGAUGUACAGGGGGAGGCGACGCGAGGGAAUGAGUGGCACUUUUUUUGAAAGCGUGGGAUAGCUUGCAAAGAGACGUUCUCUGGAGGACUGGAACCCGAGGACCUACGAACACGUGGAGAGCCUGAGCGCGGUGACCGCUAGCUGGGGCGUCUGCUAUGGGCCAACCGAGCCUAGCAUCCCACUAGCGUACAGGCUAACUGGGGCUAGCGGGCCCUCUAGCAUUCCUACUGACUGAGGCUAGCUGCCCAGUAGCAAUCAUUCUGAGGCUAGGGGCCCACUAGCAGAGAGCGUUAGCCUGCAUGCUAAGUGAAGACAACAGCCUAAACAGGUUUGGCUCCUUGGAGGUGAUGGCUUCAUCAUGGGGUACAGCGGUUGGUGACGAUAACAACUCGAGCGCUAGCUCGGAUAGCAGCGAUGCUAAAGACGCUCUUUUACACUUGAAUCUCACAGUACAGAAGCACUGGGGUAAAAUGUGCCUUUUUGUACAUUAUGUUUUGUUUUUUUUGUUUUUGUUUUUACUGUUCCCGGCUUUAAAACUCCUGACUUUUGCAGUGGUUUCGGACUGUAAAGCGGACGAGUUGCCACGUGUGUGUGUGUUCAGGUUCCCACCUCAUCACUGGAGUGUGAUGUCAUUUCCUUGGAGAAACAGUGGGCGGAGCCUCUGCUGGCACAGACCAGCAAGAGCAGAUAUGUACAGAAAUGUUCUAGAUAGUUCCUCGACAACUCAAUCUCUUUCGUCAUUGCUUUUUUUUUUUUCACACUGCAACUUAUGCAGCAGCCGGUUGCAUAUAAAGGGAGGGUCAUCAGUCCUUAUUUUGUAGCAGAGAUAUGUUUUGUUACUCCUGAGGUGGAUUACGCGAAAAGAAAAGAAAAAAGAACAAAAUAAUACAAGCAAGACAAAGUUUAUUCUGUCCAUGUAUCUGCCUUAGUGUCCUCUGGUACUCUCUGAUUGGCUACUCACUGUAAACAUAAAUUUGUACAGAUUGUAUUUUUUUCUGUUGUUGUUCUUUUGGGUGUGGUCUCUGAGAAAUGCUAAUAUCCAGACCUUGUAUAUGUAUAAUUUGGAUUACAGAUUAAACAUUUUUUGCAUGUUU